AUGGCCUCUGUACUCGCCGCCCCCGGCGCAGCGCGCCACCGCGCUGCUCCUUGCGCCACCUCCCGCGCCUGGCUGCCCACCCGCAGGCUACCGGCGAUUCGGGUGCAGGCUUCUGCUGCGCCCUCCGCACAAGUGAAGCCGGAGAUUGGUGGCGCCGUGGAGACGCUGAAGAAAGCGGCAGCGGACGCCAGCGUGCAUCCCGUCCAAGUCUUCGACGCGCUGAGGACGUUGGAGCAAGCCAAGCUGCAGCCGAGCGAGGACUGGGCCAGCACCAUCGGCGGCAGCGCCCCACCCGGCAACCGCUGGAGGCUGGUGUUCACCAGCGGCACCAAGCAAGUUCAGGAUGCGCUCAAGGGAGUGGGCAAGGGCGGCGGGCAGUACUUCCCGCUCACAGCAUGCCAGCGGUGGGACGCGACAAAACAGGAAAUUGAGAAUGGCAUUUACUUGGGGCGCUUUGCGGCACUGACGUUCAAGGGGCCAUACAAGAUGGACGGAAAGGUCCUGGCCUUUGAUUUCGACACCCUGAACUUGCGCCUGGGCGGCUGGACCCCUUCCUUCCCGCUCAAAGCCAAGCUGGAUGCAAGCAAGUUCACUCGCGGCAAGAAGGACCCCUUCUUCGUGUUCUUCUACGUCGACAGCGGCCUCAUCUGCGCGCGGGGGCGUGGCGGCGGCAUCGCCGUCUGGGCGCGCACCACGCCACAGUGGGAGCUGGAGGCGGGCGUUGUGUAG